AUGAACUUCAAAACAGUCAGUCUUUGCAUAAGUCGGAGACUGUUAAAUGGGAGGCUAGAUCUACCAUUAGAAGAGGAAGAAGAUGACGAACCUGACUUUAUUCCGCAAACUAAAAACAAGAACCAACAAUGCCUACGCCAAAACCUCAUAUUGAGUCACAAGAAAGAUCGUGUUUUUAAAGAAGGAUCUAGAGCAAAUAACAAGGUCGGGAACCUGGAGUUGGGUCAGCGGGAAAGACUUGUCGGAAAGUUAGCUUUUGCAUCUUUCACAGUUCCUGUAGAAAGACUACAUUCGAGACACCUGCAACGUGCAGCAAGAAACUUACCCCAACAUCAAAAGAACCACAAAUAUCUUAUCCCGACGAAAGCACUUCAGGAAUGCUUUUGGUGGUUGGGAAACCUUCAGAAAUAUCGACAAAUCUUCGCCAGCCCCGAAACGAUAUUUGUGACAACAGAUGCUUCGGACACGGGUUGGGGUGCCCAGGUCAACAAAAGAAUCCUCAGCGGACUUUGGAAGAUCAAUCGAACUCUUUGA